AUGGCGGAUGAGACCGGAAUUCAUUCUGACCAGCCAUCGAGGAUAUCCAUGAAUAAUAACGAAUCUCUAGACACAAACAGCAGUAAAACCCAAUUCACGAGUGUUCCAGACCAGGAGAUUCCUCGAGUGCGCUUUUCCCAGGACAUCGAUGAUGGAGAUUUACCAACCACUCAUCGAAGACGUACUCGGAACUCAGGCCUCAAGAUAACAACUGGCGAUCCUCCAGCAACUGGACUACCCCAAAAUUCUCAGGCUUCACAACCAGAUACGCAAAAAUCACCGAGCUCUCCUGGAUUAACACCACCUCGGAAUAGACACAGAGGUUAUUCUUUACGAAGACUACUUUUUAAUCAGGGGAUUAAUAAUCUCUUAACGCACACUCCCCCAAACCAUCGUACAGAGGGUGAAAUAUUACAAAAGAGUGUUCGAAAUAUAACAGGAUCGGAAGUAGAGUACCUGAAACAGUCCAACGCCAAAAAAGGCGCCUAUUCCAAACAUAAAGUUACAGAUAGCAAAGCGCUACUUGUACCAAUCUCAGAUGAAGGCUCAAUGGGAAUUCAGCUGGAUAGCAAGAGGAAAGAUGGAAGACAUAGACCAUCUCAUGUUGAGAUAGUGCCUAAAGAUAAUGUGUGGAAAAUUUUCAGACAAAAUAAAGAAAAACUCAUUUUAAAAGCAAGAGGCUGGAAGGGGUCUUUCCAAAAAUUACUUUGUGGGCCGAUAAAUCUACCACCUUCUCCAAACGGACGGUUGAUCGAGCUCAACAUGUCGCGGCAGAAUGCCCCGAUAGACGAAAGGACUGGUAGAGAAUACGUAGGAAAUAUAAUAAAAUCGAGUCGCUACACUCUAUGGAAUUUUGUUCCUCGUCAACUAUUUUUUCAGUUUUCAAAGUUAGCAAAUGCGUACUUCUUGCUUAUUUCAAUUCUUCAGAUGAUACCAGGACUAAGUACGACAGGAACUUACACUACCAUCAUUCCAUUGCUGUUCUUUGUAGCAAUAAGUAUUGGAAAAGAAGGCUAUGAUGAUUUCCGUCGGUCAAAACUUGAUCAAGUCGAAAACAGGAGAGAAGUUCUUGUUCUUAACAUCCCGAACCCUAUAACUAGAUACGUCGAAGAGGAUUUCAUUUGGAGGCCAAAAUGGUUAUCCUCACUGCGAAAAUCUUCCUCCCAGAGCUUGGCAAGUAAGAAUCAGGAUAAUACCUCUAGUGGGGAAAAUUUAUACUGGGAAAUGCGCAAAUGGGAGGAGUUAAAAGUUGGAGAUAUUGUGAAGUUACUUCGAAAUGAUCACGUACCUGCUGAUAUUGUUCUUCUUCAUGCAGAUGGAUCAAAUGGUAUUGCGUUCAUCGAAACUAUGGCACUAGACGGUGAGACCAAUUUGAAGAGCAAGCAAGCUUCAGCUUCCCUUGCCAAAAUAUGCGACACAACAGAAAAAAUUGCCACUUGUCGUGCUCAGGUUGUUGUGGAAGACCCUAAUAUUGAUUUAUACAAUUUUGAUGGUCGUGUAAUAAUCGGUGAUGAAACUAUUCCGCUCACAAUUACAGAGGUUAUUUUUCGUGGAAGUAUAAUUAGAAAUACAUCAACUACUAUAGGCAUGAUAAUGAAUACUGGUGAAGAGUGUAAAAUACGGAUGAACGCCAAUAAAAAUCCGCGGAUUAAAGCGCCAGAAAUGCAGAAAAUAACAAACCGUAUCGUCAUUUUACUCGUAUUGUUUGUGUUUUUGUUGGCAUCGCUUUGUACUAUCGCAUAUCACAUCUGGUCCUCCACUACAGAGGAUAAUUCAUUUUACUUGAAAGGUGCUCAUGUCAAUAUUGCACAAAUAUUUAUCGGAUUCUUCAUACUAUUUAAUACUUUGAUUCCCCUCUCUCUAUACGUUAGUCUAGAAAUAAUAAAGGUUGGACAAAUGUUUUUAAUGAACGACGAGGACAUGUACGACCCUAUUACGGACACACCAAUGGUUGUUAACACUACAACGAUCCUUGAAAAUCUCGGACAAAUCAACUAUAUUUUCUCAGAUAAAACAGGCACCUUGACAGAUAAUGUGAUGCAGUUCCGGAAACUUAGUGUUGCCGGCUAUGCUUGGUUACAUGAUUUCGAUUUGCAAAAAGGUAAAGACAAAGCAGAGGAUCAAGGAGCCACCGAAAACUCUAGCAGUCAAUAUUCAAAACUUCCAGAUGCGACAAACCUUUCCAAAGCCAAAUCGAACCGUCGAACUGACUCUAUUUGGCGAUCGUCUGCUCGACCCUUUAAAGCUCAGGAUGCGUCCAAGUAUAGAACGGAGGAGCUUUUAAAAUAUAUGAAAGAUAAGCCUCAUAGUCUGUUCACCAAGAGAGCAAGAUUCUUUUUACUCUCAGUAGCACUCUGCCACACCUGCAUGCCUGAACUACAACAGGACGGAGAAAUUGAAUUUCAAGCUGCGUCUCCGGACGAGCUAGCCCUUGUUCGAGCUUCACAGGAACUGGGCUGGCUUGUCAUUAAUAGAACUACGAAAUCAGUCACCUUAAAUUAUCCAGGGUCACCGGAUAGUUCACAAAAACUAACAGAAUCGUACGACAUUCUUAAUGUGAUUGAAUUUUCUAGCAAACGAAAACGAAUGUCAAUAAUUGUUCGAUUUCCGGAUGGUAGCAUUUGCUUAAUAUGUAAGGGUGCUGACUCUGUCAUACUUCCCAGGCUCAGAAAUUCGUCCCUUGCAAUGCAAAAGAGAUCAGAUGUAGUUCGAAGAUCGAGCCAGAGAAAAAGUUUGGAAGCUGAGCAGGCUUUGAGAAGAAUGAGCAUACAGAGCCCCACUGCAAACUUUAGUCGCACAAGUUUGAACUUAUCAAGGAGGAAAAGUACUGCUCAGAAGUGCUCCAGUAUAGUCAGCUCCCCACUUCAGCCUAUUCGUGAUGAGCUUGAUUCCUGGCUCAGACAGCGAGAGCUGAGUGAUAUUGAAGCAUUUCCUUAUAAUGUUGGUGUAAGUCCAACUGCUUCUCCCAGAGAAUCCAUGAAUAGGCCCUCUUUCACAUGCGAACAAAAAAGAGCAGCGAGAAAAAAUCAAUUAGAUGAUUUAGUAGAUGAGGCCAUAAUUUUGAAUGAGGCCGCUGUUUUCGAACGCUGUUUUCAACAUAUUGACGAUUUUGCAUCAGAAGGUCUCAGAACACUCAUGUUUGGAGUGAGAUACUUAGAUGAAGAAGAGUACAUGCGGUGGAAAAAUAUAUAUCUAGAUGCAUCUACUAGUCUCGUGGAUCGUCAGAAGCUUAUCGAAGAAAUAGGAGGUCAGAUUGAAGUAGAUUUAGAUCUAUGUGGUGCAACAGCCAUUGAAGACAAGCUUCAGCAAGGGGUUCCAGAAACGAUCGACAAGCUACGAAGGGCAAAUAUCAAAAUCUGGAUGCUCACUGGUGAUAAGCGAGAGACUGCUAUCAAUAUUGCAUACAGCGCUAGGCUCUGCAAAAGCUAUUCUGAGAUAAUAAUCCUAGACCAUACUAAAGAAGACGUUGAAAAGAUAAUGAUAGAUGGUUUAUACAACGUCAAGGAAGGAAAAUAUGCUCACACAGUAAUCGUGGUCGAUGGUCAGACCUUCACCGAGAUUGAGUCCAAUAUCUUCUUAGCCGAUCUUUUCUUUAAUCUAGCCGUUCUCGCCGACUCUGUGAUUUGCUGCCGGGCCAGCCCAAAUCAAAAGGCUUCUCUCGUAAGCAAAGUCAGAACAAAAGUUAAAAAGUCUACUACCCUAGCUAUUGGUGAUGGAGCAAAUGACAUCUCUAUGAUCCUGGAGGCGCAUGUUGGAGUAGGCAUUAGUGGAAAGGAGGGGCUACAAGCUGCGAGAAGUUCUGAUUACUCAAUUGCUCAAUUUCGUUUCCUUCAGAAGCUACUUUUGGUACAUGGGAGAUGGAAUUACAUCAGAACAGGAAAAUAUAUCCUUGCAACAUUUUGGAAAGAGCUUGUUUUCUACUCUCUCCAGGCAAUCUUUCAAAAUUGGACUGGUUUCACGGGUACCUCACUAUUUGAAUCGACCUCUCUCACCGUCUUCAAUACUCUUUUUACUUCUCUCGCUGUACUCACGAUCGGAAUUUUUGAACAAGAUCUGAACGCUACCACAUUACUAGCAGUUCCAGAACUUUAUAUCCAAGGCCAACGAGAUGAAGGGUUCAACUUGCAAAAGUACCUUGGUUGGAUGAUUAUGGCGAUCCUAGAGUCGUUAAUAAUAUUCUUUACAAUGUACACUCUCUUUGGUUUAGUUAUUUCUAAACAUGAUAACAAUCUUCUCGCCUUGGGAACCCUGUGCUUUACUGUUUCUUUAAUCUUUAUCAAUACCAAAUUAUUAAUCCUCGAAAUGCACAACAAAACCUAUUUGCCUCUAUUCGGCUGGUAUAUAACAGUAAUGGGCUGGUUUCUUUGGCAAAUUCUACUUUCAGUCGUCCAAAAACCGGAUGUUAGAUACCACCUAUAUCCUGUCAAAGACGGCUUCUUGCACAGUUUUGGCGCCAAUCCGAGUUGGUGGCUAGUUGUAGUUCUUAGCCUCACCUGCUUAUUUGUGCUGGAGAUGAGCUGUAGUGCGUUGCGCAAAGGACUUUGGCCUACUGAUACAGACAUCUUCCAGGAAUUGCAGCGUGACACCCUUAUUAGUCGUCGCUUUGAAGAUACGUUGAAAGCCGAACUGUAUGGUGGUAACCUCGCUGAAGUUUCCAUGGGUCAUGACAAGGGUAGUGUCGAGGGCCUAGGCGAAGGUGAGAUCCAAGCUUUACUUGAACAGCCACGCGUAAUGGGCUGCAUGACUAAACUUCCCGAACAUCAUCUCGCACCGUCGGUAGUCAGCCGCACUUACAGUGACAGCAAGGCAGACGCAAACGGCAUCGAAAUGGCCGCACGUAAGACGACGUUGCGACAUUCAAUCGAUGUCGCUGAUUUUAUGCGACGGACAUCAGGAACACGAAGGUCGGGCAAGCUUGAAGUAUGA